CCUGAGGGUAUAAAAGAGUGAUGGGCAGAAGUCUCCAGAGCAGAAAGUUUCAGGAGACCGCAGAAAUGUUCAGGGUUCUUGUUUUUACCUCUCUCGCAGCCCUCGUGCUGGCUGAGCUGACUCCCGAGCCCAGGUACUUAGAGGAUAUUGCUGAGGGGAGAGUUGUGGGAGGCGAGGUGGCCAGAGCCAACUCCUGGCCCUGGCAGAUCUCUCUUCAGUACAAAUCUGGCAGCAGCUUCUACCACACCUGUGGAGGAACCCUGAUCAAGAGAGGAUGGGUCAUGACCGCUGCUCACUGUGUGGACAGAUCCAGGACUUGGCGUGUUGUUCUUGGAGAUCACAACAUCAACUCCAAUGAGGGCAGAGAGCAGUACAUGAGCGUGAGUCACGUCCACAUCCACCCCAACUGGAACACCAACAACGUUGCUGGAGGGUGGGACAUUGCUCUUCUGCGUCUGUCCUCCGAGGCGUCUCUCAACAACUACGUCCAGCUCGCCGCCCUGCCCCCCGCUGGUCAGGUCCUGCCCAACAAAAACCCCUGCUACAUCACUGGAUGGGGUCGCACCCAGACUGGAGGUCAGCUGUCUGCCCAGCUGAAGCAGGCCUUCCUCCCUGUUGUUGACCACAACACCUGCUCCAGCUACGGAUGGUGGGGUAGCACUGUAAAGAACUCCAUGGUCUGUGCUGGUGGUGGCAGGGAUUCUGGUUGCCAGGGUGACUCCGGCGGCCCCCUGAACUGCAGUGUCAACGGCAACUGGGUCGUCCACGGUGUGACUAGCUUUGUGUCUGCCUCGGCCUGCAACGCCAACCAGAAGCCCACCGUCUUCACCCGGGUCUCUGCCUACACCAGCUGGAUGAACAGCAUCAUGGGUUGAGAAGAAGAUGAACAAUCUCCAUGGAGACUAGAACACUCUGUAUUCGUACACAGUUUCUCCAUCAGAAUAAAAUGCCCUAUGAUGUGAA